AUGCCGCACGCUGAUUCCGCGAUGAUCCCCGCGGGGCUCGACAAGGUCGCAUUCUGGGCACACGUCCACGAACAGCUCCGCCACCUCUUGGCCGGCCAGCGCGAUUGGGUGUGUACCAACCUCGCGAACGCGUCCUCGCUGAUCUACAACUCUCUCUACGCCUGCCCCGAAUUCGGCUCGGGCGAGCGCAUGGUCAACUGGUGCGGCUUCUACCUCCACCCCACCCUCUUCCCCGCUCCCAGGUUCAGCGCGCCCGCCGCCGCGCCCCCCGCGCCGGAGCGCCUCCUCCUGGGCCCCUUCUGCGGCAAGCCGGCGUGCCAGCUGAUCCACGUCGCGCCCGGGCGCGCGCGCGGCGUCUGCGCGGACGCGUACGUGCACCGCCGGACGGUGCUCGUGCCCGACGUGGACGCCUACCCGGGCCACAUCGCGUGCGACGGCGAGACGAAGAGCGAAGUCGUGUGCCCGCUCCUGCUGCGCGUCCCGGCGGCCGCCGGCGCGGAGGCGGAGGCGGAGGCGGAGGCGGAGGCUGGGGCGGAGCGCGCGCUGGGGGUCCUCGACCUCGACUGCCUCGCGCUCGGGGGCUUCGACGAGCGCGAUCGGGACGGACUUGAGCGGAUUGCGCAGCUCGUCGUCGAUGCGUGUGACUGGUAG